AUGUAUUUAUGGGAUUACAAACAAGCAGAAGAGAUCAGAGAACUUCCUGAUCGAGAACUGCUUCUAUGCCUCAUGGACUCAGGCUUGAUGAAGGCUCCGAAGUGCAAAAACUGUUUUAACGAAAUGCGGCCGAGGUUCCGAGAUCAACGAGGAAAUGCUGUAAGUGAUAAGCAAUAGGAAAAUCGGUUUCACAUUCGAUUACAGUGGAUAUGCCGACGGAAAGGCAAAGAUUGCUGGUCUAUCAGCAUGAAAAACUCUUCGUUUUUCUCCAACUCGAACAUCAAAUUGAAAGAGCAGAUAAUCAUCACAAUUUGCUGGCUAAACGGGCUAGAUUUAGCGACUGUGUGUGGCAAAUGCAAGGUGUCGAGUCAUUCCAUUGAAGAGUACAUUGGGGUUUUGCGGGCUGUCUGCGUUCAGUAAGUUUUCAAAGCAUUUAACGCAUUUUGAGAAUUUUCAUAGGAGAUUUUCCUUUCUAGAGACUUCACUCUGGAAUAAAAAUUAGCUUUCUUUUUUUGGUUCGUUUUUGAAAAUUCGAACACAGAAGUGGAAUGUGACUGUCUUUCUUCCGAAAUUGAUUGAAAAACAAGUUCCUAUUUACAUUGACUUUUUGCUUUUUUUAAGUAUAAAUAAUAUUAAAAAAAUAUAUUAAAAAAAUAGGUCAACAUUUGAAAAAAAUACAGAAUGGUUGAAUCAAAUAUCCCAAUUUUAAUGCAUCUGUGGUUUCUAUGCACUUAUUGCGGAGGGAAAGAAGCAUCAGUCCAUUCGGUUGAUCAUGAAAUGAGGAGAGAAAUUAUGUUCAGGUACUGGAAGAACAUACUGCUAGGAGGAAAUGAAACGGUCGUGGAGCUGGCUACAGCUGAGAUCAAUGUCAACUACGAACUGGAGGCGGGCGAGUCUGUUUCUGAAGACGUGCGGCUCAUCGCGGCAAUCGAAAGACUCGACGGCGGCGAAGCUGUGGCCGGGUUGCUGCCUUCGACGAGCAGCGAGUACAUCGAUGACUUUCUUUUUUUCAAGGUCACUCUUGUUUUCUGUGAGAUGAAAUCGUAGGAAGAAACAUUUUCGAGUUGGAAAUUUAGACACAUUCGAUUAGCUUAUAGCCUAUUCACGUCUGGCUUGAGACAGAGAACGGGCGGUUCUGAUUUGCACGGUAAAGCUUGAUCGUAGCGACUCUACAUGAGCCUUUAAUGAGAGCCUUAUUUUAUUAAUUAUUUCUUUUUCCCAUUUAAUUUAUUUAUUGUAUAAAUUCGUUCCAUUGGUUUUCGGAUUUACUGUAAACUGACAAGUUUUAAAAGAAAAAGAAAUAAGUCAUAUAAUAGGGCUCUUAUGAAAGGCGCAUGGGUUGUCGCCGUGAUCUACCUUCGCCGCAAAGUUAAACCGCCUGUUCGCCGAUCCAAAUCAGCUGUGAAUGGUUUGAACGGAAAAAAAAAAUUUGACCGCAAACCGGCGCUUCACGUUCAUUGGUUUCGCGGUCCCUAGUUUGAGGUAUUUUUUCAGAGCCGGGCGCUGGGCCGAGGACAACCGAAUCGGCCCACAAUCAGUCGCAAUCGCGAACUUUUUUAAAAUCUAAUUUCAUAAUUUACAUCGAACAUUUUUCUUAAACAACCCUCGAGCACUCGCAAAUUUUCAAACACUAGGCGAACACAUUCGGAGACUAUGGCCAGCUCGGUCGGCCUCGAGCACACCUCUGGUUUUGUUUUUCGAAAAAUCGUUGAAAGAACUUUCUAGAGCCCCUUGUGUUUCCUGUUUUUUUUUCAGCUAAAAGAUUAAAAACAAUCAUUAAGGUUAUUCCGGGAUCAUUCCUCGUAUGUGACGAAUGGAGAAAUUCUAAUGUUGGAGGGAUCAAUAACAAUCUGUUUUCGAGGUGAUUACCUAUUUCAACGAGAACAAUGACUCUUAAAUUUGAGAUCUUCGAACGAAGAAUUUCAAGAAGCUGUCGCAACCAUCUGUGGCCAAGCUGCCGAGGAAGACAUGGAGAUCAGGAGGAAUCUUUUAUCUAUCGUGAACCUGGAAAACCUGAGAAGCCUUCAAAAAGAGAACAAAGUACAUUCAGAAAAACUUAACAAUUCGACUCUCGCCAUGAAAUUCUUCGAUAAUUCUCAAUUUCAGAACGGCAAAGCUUCGAAAAAUGAAAGCGUGACAGUCGAAGACUUUGUCGAGUUCGUUACACCGACGAUCAGUGACGGAUUCGGGUUGGACCAGCGCGGAAGAGAGGAAAUUCUUGCCGAAAGCGUCGUCCGCUUCAAUGGCCGUCACAAUCUUCACGAAUUUUUCUGGAACCUCGUCGUCGAGCAGUACGACGUAAUCGAAGAUCUGAGGUAUUCCUCCCUUUCUUUUUAAAACUCUUCAAGUCCCUUUUCAUCUGAAUCUCUUUUAUGUUUACGCAUUACAGAGUGGGUCAAAAAUAAUGAGAUUUUUAUUUUUAAUUCUGAAAAUAUGAUUAUUUUUUUGUUGUUGUAAAAUACAUCUUUUAACGAACUGUGUCUUUUGAAGUUUCUUCAGGUGAAUUUAUAUUGUAAUCAUUCGAAUAUAUCAACCCAAAGACGUAUUUCGCAAUAUAAAAAACGAUACUAACUAAUUUUCAGUUUUAGGGUUGCCACUUAUUUUUGUGUUAAAAUUUAAUGGCGCAUCUCUAAAACGGCUAGUGAAAGUUGUUUAAACCAGUUGAUUUUUUUUCAAUUCUUUUUUAUUGUCUCAUCAAGAAAAUGACUGCGAACGGGCAAUAUAACGUUCCUAUUCGCAAAAAAAGUUUUCACAGGAAAAGCAUAACGAAGUUUGCAAUAUUUGCAACUUGUAGAAUCAUCAUAAUCCACAUCUCCAGAGGAAUCUUGUAGAGAAGUCGAAUGAAAAAGCUCCUAAAUAAAUAUACCUUUUUACGAGCUCAUAGUACAAAUUUUUGAAAGUCAAUUCAUACUCAGUUCUUACCUGGUAUCCUCCUUUUUACUUCUUGAAACUUUUUUCUCUUCACGUUUUUGCAUUAUUUUCGGAAGGACGAUGACGAUACAUAUUGAGAUGACCAUCAAAGUCAGAUUCACGAGUACAUAUGUAGCUGAAAAAAAGAUUUGUGUUACAAAUAAAAUAUUGAGAAAAGAGCAUACCUAAAAGUGGAAGUGAUUUGGUUUUGGGCAAGUCUUCUGCCAAAAUUCCGAGAAUAAAGGUCAUGGACAUGAUGUUGGUCAAUCCGACUGUGAACUGAAGAUUUUUUGCAUCCAGAAGCCUUUUAAAAAGCUUUAACCUUCUCCACCAAGUUCUCAAUAUUCAGAAACAGCGCCACGAUGCUCAGCGUGUUCACAACUAACGACGGCACCAUGAUGAGGGCUACAUAG